AUGUACGAAGACCACUGGUAUAAUGCGGCAGCCGCCGAAGAAGUGCAACAGAAAACCUCAAAGCCCCUCAAAUCCAAUCCAUUAACAUCCCGGCCUGAAGGAAAGCCUAGAGUAGCUGCGAAACUGGUUCGAAAACACGAUGAACCCCCUAAGGCCGAAGUACCACCCCGUCCAAGCUCUGCUGGUGGAUUGAAGACCACCAGCAUUGAUUCUACGGAAGUCUCCAGUACGAUUGAUGGGCUAAAGCUGGAUAAUGAACUCGACUUUGCGAUAUGGUAUGAAAAAUAUGAGGAAGAGUUGGAGGAUGCCGCAGAUGAACAGUUCCGAGUGUUCCAAACUCGCCUUCAGUCACAUUUAUAUACAUGCGAUUCUUUAUUGUCCGAAGCUAAAGAGACGGUAACGCUCCUCGACGACUUAGCGAAAGGAUUCGAGGCUGUUAGGGAGCAGACUUCGACAUUCCAAGCAGCUUGCGAGGAACUCUUAUCGGAACAAUCUCGAUUAUCGAAACUUGCAGACGAUAUUACUGCAAAUCUAGAGCCAUUUAGUGUGUUAGAAAGCAUAACAAGGCGCCUAAACGCCCCAGGGUCGACGAUCGUUACAAGACCGGAUUUUAGGGACAUGCUUUCUAAACUGGAUAGCUGUCUAGACUAUGUGGCAGCCCACCCAAAUUUCAAAGAUGCCGAAUUCUACCAGUCAAGAUACCGUCAACUUAUGACACGAGCCCUAACUCUCAUUAAAGUCCACUUCACGGCGCAGCUUAGAGAUGUAGCUGCAGAUGUGGGCAAGAGAAUUGUCGCAAAGGGUGUUAACGAUACGACCCAAACUGCAUUACUCUAUGCUAAAUUCCGCGUUGGUGGAAAUCAGUUGCGGGAACUAGCUGACGAAAUCGAAAAACGAUGUGGCCACGAGGAGUACUUCUCAUUACUCAACGAAUGCUACAACUUUUACUUCAGUGCACGGCAGCGGCUUUUGUUUCCCAUCGUGACAAAGAGCAUGCGGGAUAUGUCGUCAAACAAAGACCUAGUUGGCUUCGCGAGAGUUAGCAUAUCAUAUAUCAGGAGUAUUUGCCUUGACGAGUAUGAAUUGUUCUUCAACCAUUUCUCAUCAGGAGAGCAGCAGCUAUAUGACUACCUCGAGUCAAUAAGCGAACCUCUAUAUGACUACCUUCGACCGAGAAUUAUGCAUGAGACGCAACUUGUCAAACUCUGCGAACUGUGUUCUCUGCUCCAAUCUCGAUACAUGAGGGACAGUGAUGAAGCUGAACUGGAAUCCUAUGACCGCUCACAACUUGACUUUGGCCGCCUGGUCCAAUCUCCCCUACAUGAUGCACAGGCUAGGAUCAUUUUUCGAGCUCAGAAUGUCAUCCGAAACGAUAUAGAAAAUUUUAUGCCUAAGCCAGAGGACCUUGAUUACCCAGAACGAAACAAAAUUAUACAAACCCCACUUAAAAGCCCUCGUGUGGGCAAGAUUCUCGAUCCUGUUAGUCCCAUGGAAGGCGAGAACCCUUCGCAGUUCGACACAGAUGCAGUAUUCCAAGGGUGGUACCCAUCCCUGCGGAAAUCCAUCUGGCUACUGUCACGGAUAUACCGACUUGUCAAUUCCUCGGUAUUCGACGACCUAGCCCACCAAGUUGUCCAUGUGUGUAUAGGGUCAUUGUCGAGAGCAGCAGAUCAAAUACGAAGGAUGAAGAACGACACAGACUCACAACUCUUCUUGUUGAAACAUUUGCUUAUUCUCAAGGAACAAAUUGUCGCCUUCGACAUCGAAUAUGUUAGACCUGAGGUUGAGUUUGAUUUCAGUACCUUCUGGGAAAUUCGACAGACGGAAAGUUUAUUUAGCCCGAAUGGCCUCAUGAAAUUAGUGCAGAAGGGGCUGCCAAAAGUCGUGGAAAAUAUGCUGGAUGCUAAAGUGGAGCUAGAUAUGAAACUGCGAAACGUAAUAAACCAAUUUACCGAAGCCUGGGCCUCUAAGAUCAGUGGCCCAGUUGUUGAAUCGGCGGGGAAAGGAACGGAAGCUCUGGAGGCGACUAUAUCACUACGAAAGCUUGCGGAAUCAGAUGUUCCAAUUUUACGACAGAAGCUAAACGAAUACAUAAAUGACAUCCGGACUCGAGAAACGCUUGUCGGAGCUGUUCAGGAGAUGGUUAUUCAGAGUUAUGAAAGUUUCUACGAACGGGCGGAUAAGUUAGCGCCCGAGCUGGAGGACUUAUGGGAUAUUGAUACGUUUGUGGUUUUUACGAACAAGGCUUUUGGAACGGGAGAUACUCUUGGGUCCCCUGGAGGAAGCAAUGUGAGCAGUAGAAGGGGGUCUAUUGGGUCCAAUCCGUUGAGUGUUUGA